GCCUUCGGUUGUUUACAUUCUUCGAGUGGUCAAGCUAGCUAAUUGGCGAACAAAAAUGAUGGCAGCUUUUCCAAAAUGACGGGUGACAGUUGAUCAGGUUUAUAUAUUUAUAACUGUUUUCAUUAGUAUUUUCUUUUUGUUGUCGUUGUUCGGGCCAUGGCUUUAGCUCGGUGCUGGUGCUGUCUCUGGAUAAUAUUACCGCUCGUCCUGCUGCGGUGGCCGGGGAUGCUGGUCGCGGCGGAGCAGGUUGCUCUGGUGGAGGUUUUCCUGGAGCAGCGGCCCGGUGUCAGCGCUUUGCUCCAGGGGGAGGUGGUGGAGACCGGCAGGGAGAGCAGCAGGGGCUCCGAGCAGCGGGACGAGGACCCAGAAGAGUUGGAGGGAGAGCUGGUCCUGGUUCAGAAUGAGGAGACACAGGUGGGCGGAGUAAAAGGCGAGGAAGACACCAGAGAGCAGGAGCCGUGGAUCGGGUUGGUACCUGUGGAGAUAGACGACAACAAAGCCUCCACCGGAAACCAGGAGUCCUUCGCUGAUGCUAUGGUCAAUAGAAUGAAGCGUGCGUUGGUCCUCGGAGCGUCUGCGCUCAUCAUUUUGGCUCUCAACCAAAACACAGUCAGUGAGAUGGAUCUGUCUCAGGUUCUGUCCAAGCCCAUCAUUGUGAUCCAGACAUCGGAAAAUGUCACCAAGCUGAUCGGGGCUCUGCUCAGGGGUCUUCAAGCGACAGCAAAAAUCACAUACAAGACGAUCCUGCAGGACAACCUGGGAGCCACGCUCACGCUGUGGUCCAGCUGCGGUCGAUCGAGAGGAGGUCGCUACGGAGAGUGGCAGGGGGUCAUCUGCACGGGGGAGACGAACUCUCAGGUCCAGAAGUACCUGCAGCAGCUGUGGGACACGGUCCUCCUGGUGGCUCUGAUCCUCAGCACCGGCGUCAUCGUUCAGGCUCGCUGGCAGUACCAGGACCAUCAGCUGAACGACAACCUGGAGCUCUUUCCUAAACAGGACAUCCUGAAGAGAAUGUCGUCCCUGAAGACCAAAACGUAUCGUCAGCCCAAACCGUGGUGCGACUCGUCCCAGACGGUGGAGACGGACAACUGUGCGGUUUGUCUCGAGCCGUUCAACAACAACCAGUGUCUACGGGUGCUGCCUUGUCUUCACGAGUACCACAGAGAUUGUGUCGACCCCUGGCUGCUGCUGCAGCACACCUGUCCUCUGUGCAAACGCAGCAUCCUCGGCAGCAUCCGCAGAGACAGUUAACGGUUGCUUUGCCGUCGCCGCAGCAGCAGCAAGCAGCAGUUAGCAGCAGCAGCAGCAAGCAGCAGCUAGCAGCAGCAGCUAGCAGCAGCAGCAAGCAAGCAGCAGCAGCAGCAGCUCUGGGAAUCAGGUCUCUUCCUCAGUGACACUCCAGUAGCUGUUGUUUUUCUCCCAACCUCGCCGCUUACUCCUUCCAGCAUGGGAUUGUGGGCGCAAAUAUAGACUGACAUCUGACCCUCGGGUGGGUGGUAGUGUGAACACAAUACUAUGAAGUACUGUACUGGUACUGUGUAAACAGUACUUCUUCCUGGGAUCAUGUUAUUGUACAAUUGUGUAAUUAUGUUUGUAUGUGUGAUCUACAGCAGUAGAGAUGUCUCAUGAGGGUGUUUGAGCUCAAUGCGACUCCUCACACAAACACCUUCUGCUUCAUGUUUCUGCAAACAGCAGAGCAAAGAGACAUUCGGAAAACAUCGAUAACCUGAGCGAGCACUCGCGAGUCAGUUGUUUCAGCUAGUGAUUCAAUGCUUUAUGGUUUUAAGCAGGGACGUAUUGAUUGGAUUGUGUAAACGUUCACUUUAGGUCUAAAUUAUGUCAAUAACCAACGUAUUAAAUGAGUGUAAACGUGAUUUUAUGUAGUGUCAAAACUCAUACUUUGCUAUUAAAAGUUAGUUGUUGAGGUUCUGUAGUUGUAACUGUGCUACAGAUGGGAGCACAUGUAGAAAGAGUGUUUGCACUUGUCCCUAACAUGCCUUAUUACUUACCUGCAGCAGAGUGAAAGAAACCACAAACACACCUCCUAAAUUAUACUUAAGUUUUGUAUGUAACAGUAUGUUACAGUUUUAAAGAUGUUGAACAGUAAGUUUGGAAAACAUUUUGUAGAGACUGUUCUUUGAUUGUAUUUAUCCGCUUCCUUUUUUAGAAGGUCUGUGUAAAGAAGUCAAACCGUUCUGAACUGUCCCAGCAGAAGGUCACCGCAUACAUCAUGUGAAGAAUGUGUCCUGACGUACGGCUGCACAGCUAAUAACAAUCGCUUGUUUAUUAUGAGCAGCCUAUUAGUGCAGUAUAGCAUGAAGACUGCAAAUGGGGGGGGGGGCUUGAAUGCAUAGCAUUCAAGCGGUACGAUUGACCAGGCUAUCUUGACAUCAACUGCUCUUUUAAAACUUUGGAUUAAACAAAUAAGAUACAAUGUGUUUGAUAGAUUGAUCGAUACUUUAUUGAUCCCGAGGGGAAAUUUAGGUUUAGUGAUGAUGGUAGGCAGAUGUUACCUUUUGAGAGCCAGGCUGGCUGCUUUCAGUCUUUAUGCUAAGCUAACAGGCUGCAGCUUCAAACAGGAGUGGUACAAAUCUUCUGACCUGACUUUUGGCAAUAAAGCAAACUAUUCCUUUGGAUAUAACUAUAACUAAAUAUAACCGUUUGCAUACAGUAAAGGUUUGUAUGAAAUGGACAUUUUCUGUCAAAUGUUCCUGCAGUUUACUUACCAAAUAACUGAUCAUUAAUUUCAGCCCCAACUGUGCAGCCGUACCCUGAAGCAUCUCUAAUAAAGUCAAACACACUGUACUGUGAAAGGAAAACGCAGUCACUGAUGACUCAAACGCUAAGGAUGUCAAAAACAUAGUAUUAUUGUAUUUAUUUUAGGUUGCAAUGUCAACUCCAAAAAGCAAUUACAUAUGCUUUUUUUGUUACAAAAUGCUCUGAUAGAUCUGUUCUCUUCAUAGAAAAUAGUCUGUGCAUCAUGUCGGAGGUUUCCUUCCUGCUUCCAAACAACAUCAUAAGUUAUGAGUGGAUUUCCUUCGUUAUGUUUUUAUGAAGGCUGGACAACAGUGGUGUGAACUGGGCAUGCACUUGAACGUUACAUGCAGGCAGCUUUCACACAAGCUGCUCAUACAGGAUGAGUAGUAAGAGCAACACUGUCUGCCACUGAUGUCCUGACUUCACCAGCUCAGUAAUUGUUCUUCCAGCUACAGCAGAUACCACAGUCUCUCCAAGACCCUGGAUGUUGCUUCUUUUUAUUACUAUGUUGUCUAUUUGAUGAUGAUGAUGAUGAUGUCAAAGAAACUUUAAAUCAAUCACCCUGGAUCUUAAUAAUAAACUGAUUUGUUACAUAGCAAAAAUAAACGUCUUAUUCUUUGUCCUCGG